AUGUUUGAAGCCUGCGAGCCCCAGACAUGUGGCAACGGCGCAAACAUAAGCUACCCGUUCCACAUCAGAGGGAAACAAAACUCUUUCUGUGGCCUAGCAGAUUUCGAACUAACAUGUGGCAACAACGGUUUCCCCAUUCUGAAUCUCGUCGACACUGACUACACAAUUCAGACAAUUUUCUACAACAAUCAUUCUCUUCGAGUGUCCAACCCUGUGUUUUUGCAACCGAAUGCUUCCUCUUGCUUCGGUCGCACUCGGAACCUAACGGUAGCCAAGUUCAGGUUCCGACUGGCUCCGAACCAAAGGCAAGUGUUUCUGAUCUACGGCUGCCACUUGGAGGCCCUUCCUGAAGGGUUGCAGGAGCGGAGGAUUGGGUGCGAUGCAGGGAACAAAACGACGUCGGUUUUAGGGUUGGAUGCCAAGGAGGAUCAGAAUUUGAGAUAUGCGAUGGAAAAUUGCGAGGGUGGAAUGGUAAAUGCUGCGGUGGAAGAUACGAAUGGAGGGAUCACCGAGGCAUUGGGGAAAGGGUUGUUGUUGAUUUGGGAUGCGACUAACUGCUCGCAAUGCAUAAGGAGUGGAGGGAGGUGUGGUUUCGACCGAGACAUGUAUGCUUUUAGGUGUUACUGUCCUGAUAGGCCCCAUGCGGUGCGAUGUGUUACAGGUUGGAUGGCGCAGCAAGGUUUGGGCUUGUCAUAUCGGCAGUUAAUGAGGAACAAGGCUCCGGCUGGGUCCUCUGCAGAAGAUCAUCGCAGUGUCGCGAUUGAUCCCCAGCCUCAAGUGAUGGAAGCUCCCCGACUGGCGCCCCCU